AUGGCGCGCCCUCAGCUGCCCAUCUCCUGGACCCCUGGCGCCAGAACGCCUGUUCUGGACUAUUCCAGCGUGGAUAUUACGAGUGACGGUGAAAUCAUAGUGGAGACAAAUCGCGGUUUGGCCUCCCCCUGCCUGCCUUUUCAACGCCAUAAGAUGGUCUUGCUCCUGUUGUAUCGCUGGCUGCGCCUCGCCAAAGCGGCUUCGUUGGACCAGACCUUCCUGACUGCUCCUAUUCGUUGCUUCUCCUUCUCAUUUCCCUUCGUCUCACAGAGUAUGACCUUCGACUCCCCCGAUGCAGAGGACACCUGCUUAAAAAACCACCCUUAUAGACACACCUUCUCGUCGGCCACCACCGAUGAGUGCACACCGACCGCUUCUGGUGACUUGGAGAAGCUCGACUCCCGUCACGAUGGGGAUGACGACCACAUCGACGUCAACAAGGAGCAACGUCGCGGCGGUGACUCAGUUGGGCACAGCGAUGGCGCACACGAACAUGAUCUGAGCUCGCAGUCCACGUCAACGACGACUGUGCACGCAGGUCGGGCUCCCUCGACGCUGCCCGAGCGCGUCGCAUCGCGGAUGUCAAACUCGUCGGCGUUGACGUUCCCGGAGGGAGGUCUCCAUGGAUGGCUGGCUGUCACGGGCUCGUUCUGCGCCAUGCUAUCGGUCUUUGGUCUCAUCAACUCGUCGGCCGUUUUUGAGUCCUACUUCUCAACGCAUCAGCUCAGGCAAUAUAGCGCGUCUCAGAUCGGCUGGAUCUUUAGCAUCUAUCUGUUUUGCGUCUUCUUCGUCGGCAUACAAGUUGGGCCCAUUUUCGAUCGCUAUGGGGCUAGAUGGCUGGUAGCUUUUGGGAGUCUACUUAUAGUGUUGAGCCUCAUGCUGCUUGGGCUGUGUACAGAAUACUAUCAAAUCCUACUCACAUACUCCGUCAUGGGUGGUCUCGGUGGUGCGCUGCUCAACUCGCCAGCAUACGGCACCAUAGCUCACUUCUUCAACGAACGACGUGGCUUCGCAACGGGAAUCGCCACCACAGCUGGAGGCAUUGGCGGUAUCGUCUUCCCCAUAAUGCUGCAGAAAUUACUUCCGCGACUCGGGUUCGCCUGGAGCACCCGAAUCCUUGGAUUCAUCCUCUUGGGGUGUGCAGUACCUUCGAAUCUCUGGAUCAGGACCCGGCUCCCUCCACGGAAACACAGCAACGCCUCACUUGAGCACCACGGUUGGCGGCACAAGAUUGCGAGCGUCCUGCCUGAUUUCCGAGUCUUCCGCGACAAGAGAUUCGCACUCGCCGCCACGGGCAUCUUUUUCAUGGAAUGGGGCCUGUUCAUUCCCAUUACGUUCAUAGUGUCUUAUGCCGCGGCCCACGGGAAGAACGCAACAGCCUCAUACACCCUGCUGUCCCUCCUCAACGCAGGAUCAGUUGCUGGUCGAUUCCUCCCAGGGCUAAUGGCAGACCGGUUCGGCCGGUUCAACGUCAUCAUCGUAACUAUAUCCCUAUGUUGUGUUAGUGUGUUGGGGCUCUGGCUGCCCGCGGGCGACUCGCAAGCCAUCAUCAUUGCCUUUGCCGUCAUCUUUGGCUUUGCGAGCGGGAGCAAUUUGGGGCUUGUGCCUGUGUGCCUGGGCCAGCUGUGUGACUCGAGGGACUAUGCGCGGUACAUAUCUACAGCGAACUUCCUGGCGAGUUUCGGUACAUUGAGCAGUGUUCCCGUCGGUGGCGCAUUGCUUGGAGACGGUGGAAAGGACGGCUGGCAGGCUCUCAUCCUCUUCUCGGGCCUUUCUUACUCAGUAGCACUUGUGUGCUAUGGUUCGGCCCGAGUUCUGGCCGUCGGAUGGAACAUCAAGACUGUCUUCUGA